UCGUAGCGGUCGCAGACAGUCGCAGAUGGCUACGUAAACGUACAAUAACCGGUUUCGGAGUAUAAUCGCAAUUAAGAUAAUCGUGCUACGCAUUGUCAUUGUCGAUUUUUACGUUUAUUCGUGUUUUCUCGUUUUGUAUCGUGGGUGUCGCGCAUUGUGACAUUCUCACCGUCUUUCUCUUGUUUUCGAUAUCGCGUCUCCUCGCUGCGAACUGCCUCUCCCCGUUGCUCCGUUGUUCCGGUACACAUAUCUGCUAGCCGCGUCCUAACCCGAUCGCGGGGAAGUCGCCGAAGAUGAGCGCUAACAAUGUGCAGGCGCUCUUCGCAUGCUCCCGGUGUUUCUCCAGGCAUCCUUUCGAGGACCUUUCACCCGGACAACAGUUGUGCAAGGAAUGCAGAGGAGCCUUUCCCGUAGUAAAAUGUACAUACUGUAGGUCAGAAUUCCAGCAAACCAUAAAGGGUAACACAAGCACCAUAUGUAAAAAAUGUGAGCAAAAUGUAAAAUCCUAUGGUAAGCCAUCGGCUUGCGAGUACUGCAAUACCAUUGCUGCGUUUAUCGGUAGCAAAUGCCAACGGUGUACAAAUUCGGAAAAACGUUAUGGACCGCCGGUUACGUGCGAGCAAUGCAAGCAGAAGUGUGCCUUUGAUAGACAGGAUGAAGAUAAGAAGGUAGAUGGCAAGUUAUUAUGUUGGCUGUGUACACUGUCGUAUAAACGAGCGUUGGCGAGGACAAAGCAAUCGAAUGCAGAAAGAAGAGCGCAUAUGAAAUUGGCGCAACAGCGGGCCGCGAAGCACAAAGAACAAAAACUGAAGGGCCACAAUAAAAGACCGCACAGAGUCGAUGUGACAAAGUUGCCGCCACAAUCAGAAGGUGGAGACACAAAUGGUCCCAUUCCUGCAAAAGCAGCGCGAAUGGUCGGCGUGCACGAUCCUCACGAUCCGAACAGUUCGGAUCACGUGGUAGCGGUUACACAACUCAAAGAGAAGAUAGCGAAUCUUCAAAAGCAAAUCAGCAUAAAAGAAAGCCAAUUAUUAGCAAAAGAUAGACAAAUCACUGAACUCAAGGCAAAAAACUUUACGUCCGAGACGGAACUUCGCAAUAAGAUGAAAGCAUCGGAGAAAGAGUACGAGACAAAAAUCUCUAACAUGCAGCACAAGAUAUCUAGUUUAUUGAAAGAAGUAGCAUCAUUAUCGAAAACGUCCAAGCGAGGUGAUAGGGUGGCUGCUACCAAGACGGAAGCUGGGACCAACAGUGGGAGUGGAACAGACAGCCCCGUACCUUGAUAAAAGAAUUGGUUAGCUGUGACAACAUACUCAAAUGAUUAUACCCGUGUAAAUCAUGUGAUUAUGCAUCUAUGCAUAUAGUUAAUUGUUUUCAUUAACAAGGCAAAAUUGUAUUAUUUUUCUAAUUACUAUAGGAAUAUAUAUUAUUCUCUCAAUACGCAUCCAAGAAAGAUCGUACUAGCAUCUCCGUUUAGGGGAGAUCGAUUACGCGAGUGUAAAACUUAUACAUGAUAAUUUAAAGAUACACUGUUAAAAAUAUUAUGAAAUUUCGUAUACUUUUUAAGUUAGACAAGUUGAAUUUAUUUUUAUUAGGGAUCGGAUCAUAAAAUUACCGGAUACCGGAUAUCAGAUAUCUGGAUAGAAUGUAACACGAAUAUCCGGUAUCCAGUCGGAUAUCCGAGAAGGCA